CGCUUGGCUCAAUAUCUAUCACCUUCUAGUGCACAAUGAGUUCGCUUGCUGCUAAAAUCUUCCUCCUUUUCCUGGUUUGGUAUGCUUCCAUUUCUCUUACCUCUUCUUCCAGUGUGCCUGAUAGGUAUACCAUUUCGGACCUAGAUCUGGACAAGUUCAUUUCCGACAAACAAGUGUUCCAUCUAUUCCAAAUCUGGAAGAAGGAGACUGGACGAGAAUACCAAACCUUAGGAGAGGAAGUGGUAAGAUUUCAAAUCUUCAAAAGCAAUUUGAAAGAGAUCAGAGAGAAAAAUGCCGAAAGGAAGUCACCCAGUGACUAUAGCUUGGGUUUGAACAAAUUCUCAGAUAUGACGUACGAAGAGUUCAGCAAAAUCUACUUGCAUGAGACAGAGGAACCCAUAAUGGAAAUGAACAACAGCAACAUGAUAUUGAACGACGCAUCAUGUCCAGAUGCACCCUCUUCUUGGGAUUGGAGGACCGAAGGAGCUGUAACUUAUGUUAAAGACCAAGGCGAAUGUGGUGGUUGUUGGGCAUUCUCUGCGACCGGAGCUAUGGAAGGCAUAAAUAAGAUAGUGUCUCAAUCGCUUCCAGAACUUUCUGAACAGCAACUCAUAUCUUGCUCUACAAGUCAAGGCUGCAAAGGAGGGUGGUACGUUAAUGGAUUUAAACAUGUCAUCAAGAAUGGUGGUAUUGCCUCAGAAAAAGCUUAUCCAUAUACAGCUGACGAUAGUGCUUGCAAUUCUGCAGCGGCUGCAAACACAAUCGCUACUAUCGAUGGCUAU